UCACACCGCUGCAGGGACUGUGUCCUCCUCCCACUUUGCCCGGGAAGCUCCAGACUGACCGGAGUCCUAGGGCUCACCCGGUCCUCCUUCCCGGGUCCUCCUUCCUGGGUGCCCCUUCCUGAGCCUCACUGGCCCAUGGGGCUGCAAAGCGGCGGCAGGGGCCCGGCCCCGGGGCGGGCAGCCCGAGUGGGGCCGCGGAGCUCCGGGGGCCUGUGCGGCGCUGUCGCUGUGUUCACCGCUGUGGCCGCCGUGUACACCCACACGCUGCCCCCCUCGGUGCCGGGGGGAGACUCGGGGGAACUGAUCACAGCCGCACAUGAGCUUGGAGUUGCCCAUCCUCCUGGCUAUCCUUUGUUCACAUUGGUGGCUAAACUGGCAAUUACACUGUUUCCUUUUGGUUCCGUUGCCUACCGAGUCAAUCUUCUGUGUGGCUUAUUGGGAGCAGUAGCUGCCUCAUUCCUUUUUUUCACCGUUUUCAGGCUUUCUGGCUCAUAUGCUGGAGGAAUCCUUGCUGCGGGGGUGUUUUCAUUCUCUCGUCUAACAUGGCAGUGGUCCAUUGCAGCAGAGGUUUUUAGCUUAAACAAUCUGUUUGUGGGGCUGCUUAUGGCUCUUACUGUACACUUUGAGGAGGCAGCAACUGCACAAGAGAGAUCAAAGAUAGCUAAAAUCGGUGCUUUCUGCUGUGGCCUUAGCUUAUGUAAUCAGCACACAAUAGUACUCUAUGUUUUGUGCAUAAUACCUUGGAUUCUCUUUCGACUUUUAAAAGAGAAGGAACUGUCCCUGGGAUCUUUGGUGACGUUGAGUCUGUACUUCUCUGCGGGUUUGCUGCCCUAUGUCUACCUCCCCGUCUCGUCCUACCUCAACCAAGCCCGCUGGACCUGGGGAGACCAGACGACGUUGCUGGGAUUUUUGACUCAUUUUCUCAGAGAAGAAUAUGGAACAUUCAACCUGGCUAAAUCUGAAAUAGGAUCCAGUAUGUCUAAAAUUUUACUCUCUCAAGCAACAAAUAUGAGGACUGAACUCUCAUUCAACAUUCAAGCCCUUGCAGUUUGGGCUAAUAUAUGCUUAGUAAGAAAGGACAGACAGAAUGCAUCAUUAGUAUGGCUUUUUACUGGAAUGUUUUGCAUUUACUCAUUGUUUUUUGCUUGGAGGGCAAAUUUAGAUAUUUCAAAACCACUUUUCAUGGGUGUGGUGGAGCGGUUCUGGAUGCAGAGCAAUGCAGUGGUGGCCGUCCUCGCUGGCAUCGGGCUGGCUGCACUUGUGUCUGAGAGUAACCGAGUGCUGAACACCAAGGGGCUUCAGUGUCUGGAAUGGCUUUCAGCAGCUCUUUUUGUGAUUUACCAAAUAUAUUCUAAUUACAGCAUUUGUGACCAAAAGACCAACUAUGUGAUUGAUAAAUUUGCAAAGAACCUCCUAGCCUCUAUGCCUCCUGAUGCAAUUAUCUUACUCAGAGGAGAUUUGCCAGGAAAUUCUCUCCGUUACAUGCAUUAUUGUGAGGGACUGAGGCCAGACAUUUCACUAGUGGAUCAAGAAAUGAUGACUUAUGAGUGGUAUUUACCCAAGAUGGCAAAGCAUUUACCCGGUGUCAACUUUCCUGGGAACCGGUGGAAUCCUGUGGAAGGAAUAUUACCUAGUGGAAUGGUCACAUUUAAUCUUUAUCAUUUUCUUGAAACAAAUAAACAGAAAGAAACAUUUGCUUGCAUAGGAAUUCAUGAAGGUGACCCAACCUGGAAAAAAAGCUAUUCACUUUGGCCGUGGGGUUCUUGUGACAAAUUAGUUUCUUCAGAGAUUGUAUUCAACCCUGAGGAAUGGAUUAAACGUACAAGAAAUAUCUAUAACUGGACUGAAGAAUAUGGACGGUUUGAUCCAUCGUCUUGGGAAUCUGUGGCCAAUGAGGAGAUGUGGCAAGCAAGGAUGAAAACACCAUUCUUCAUCUUUAACCUGGCGGAGACUGCGAACAUGCCUGCAAAUGUGAAAGCUCAGCUCUACACUCACGCGCAUGAUCACUGGGCUCUUCAGACACCUUCAGAGAUAGUUUUGGAGCCUGCUAUAUGGGAAACAGAUCUGCUGGCAUGGGCCAAUGAGAACAGAGCCCAGGAGCUACAUAUCUUUAUAAGGAGAUUGUUUAUUUACAAAAGGAACACCCAGCGAACUGGCACAAGAACUACGCCAUCGCCUGCGAGCGGAUGCUGCACCUGCGGGACCGAGGCGCGGACCCCGAGCGCUUGCUGUCGGAGACCAUCAGACACCUACGUCUGUACACGCAGAAGGUGCCGAGCGACCCCCAGCUGGCUGAUAUUUCAGUCGCUCUGAAGCACCUCAGAAAAGAACUGCAAAGUCUGAGAAAUAUGAAAAAUGUCUGAGACAGCAAAACGUGGAGAACCUGCUUGUCAUCCUGCUUCUAAAAUUUCGAGGUCCAAAACUUCUUCCUCCAAGAAAAGAAACUGGAUUAAAAAAUUGAAGACUAAGUCACUUCCCAGAUAGAAGUAACACAGUGUAGCAGUAGCUUUCCGUGGGGGGUUUAGUGACUGAGUUGUGCUAUUUAUGCAAAAUCUGUUUAUCCCGUGUCCCCAAAUUAGCAUUUCAGUGAGAAUCUUUUGAACAUUCCUCCUACUUUCACAGUCUUUCACCUAAUAAUUUUGUUUGAUUAGAUUUUAAAAGAGAAUGGACUCUAUUCAUAUACUUAAAAUAUCCACUAUAAAUCUUCUAAGGGCCCUACCUAUUGGGAUCAGUUUUGUAGGUUAAAUUCUUCAAACAAUAUCAGACCAAAGACAUGUUCUGUUUCCUAAAAGUGAACUUUUUAAAAAAGAGUGAAUCUUGUUAUACUGCAAGUUAGAAUCUCUCUUUUUUUUUUUAAGCUGUGGUUGUUACAUAAUCUCAUGCUUCAAGCUAACACCAACCGGGUGAUAUUUUGAAGAAAAUUGUGUUUUUAUUGUCUUAGGUAAUUCUCUGGAAGCACUGAAAAUAAAGCUAAUUCGUUGUUGCAUUUUUCAGUUGCAUAAACUGAUUGGCAAGUAAAAGGAUUUUGUCGUUCCUUAA